AUGUCAAAACCUAAAGAAAAAAGUCUUGCAACCCAUUUUCUCGCAGGUGGUGGAGCUGGUUUAACGGAGGCAUUAUGUUGUCAUCCGUUGGAUACAAUUAAAGUGAGAAUGCAGUUAAGUUUAUAUAAAGGUUUAGGUGCCGUGGUUACUGGGAUUGUGCCAAAGAUGGCUAUUCGUUUCUCAAGUUUUGAAAUGUAUAAAGGAUGGUUCGCUAAUAAAACAACAGGAAAGGUUUCAACAAGUGCUACAUUCUUAUCUGGGCUUUUAGCUGGUACCACAGAAGCAGUAUUUGUUGUUACUCCCAUGGAUGUGAUUAAGAUUCGGUUACAAGCUCAACAACAUUCUAUGACUGAUCCAUUAGACAUUCCGAAAUAUCGUAAUGCGGCACAUGCAGCAUUCACGAUUGUUAAGGAGGAAGGUAUUUUGACUUUAUACCGUGGAGUUACAUUGACGGCUCUUAGACAAGCAACGAAUCAAGCAGUAAAUUUUACAGUGUAUCAAGAAAUGAAAAAAUUAAUGAAAAGAUUACAAGAAACAAGAGAAGGACAAGAAUUACCAAGUUACCAACAUUUAUUAAUGGGUGGAUUAAGUGGUGCAAUGGGUCCAAUUGCGAAUGCACCAAUUGAUACAAUAAAAACUCGUAUUCAACGUGCACAAAGCACAGAAACAGGAUGGAAAAGAUUUAAAUCAGUUACAGGUUCAUUAAUCAAGAAUGAAGGUUAUUUAGCUUUUUAUAAAGGACUGUUUCCUCGUUUAAUGCGUGUGGGAGUGGGACAAGCUGUUACUUUUGCUGCUUAUGAAAGAAUUAAAAUUUAUAUAGAUAUAUUCUCUAAAAAAGGGAUUUUUAGUACAAUUGAUGAUUCAAUGUGA